CCGCCGAAGGAAGUAUUCAUUCGGAUGUCAGUGGGCCCUGCAUUGAAAGGUAGCGGCGUGAAGAACCACGGCAGUCGGGCUCUUAAAUGGGAAAUGUGGGCGGAAAAAGGAAGGAAGACGCGUUCUGGAGGCGGUGGUUGCUAUGGCGUGUACACCUUAAGGCCCAUUGGCCAAGAGAAGAAGACCUGA